AUGCAUCAGUCUAAAGACGACGACGAAACAUUUGAGAUUCAUCCAAUUGAACCCGAGGGGCAGUUUCGGCCGACAAGAAUCGGUGACCUUGAUUUUUCUGUUGGUUCAUGGGCUUCAAGGAUUAGCAUUCUGUACGACGAACUUCAUUUACAAGCCACAGAAUGGAAUGGAGGAUCGUAUUCAUUGAACAGUUUUGUAUGGGCUCAUAAUACUGAUCAAUCCGAUUCGAGGUUGGGAGACGAUGAUGGCAAAGACGCACGGUUCAUUUUUUGCGGUGGUGUUAUACGACAAGAUAAGGUGGAAGGUAAUUAUCCAGUUAUCGCUGCACUAUCCUGUAAUACUGAGCGCAUGGGGCAUCCGAGGGCGUGGAAGUCUAUACGGCGAAUUGCUCGUUGUCGUGAUUCAGAAACUAUGGAACUUCCUUGCGAAAUUCGUAGAGCCUGCCAUGUUCAAUCUAUUAACGAGGAACCUAUCCAGCAACUAAGACUUGAUCUUGGCAGUAAUGCCGAGGUGGGGCAGGGUCUGGCAACCGCCGGUGGAACGAGCGUCAUCAAUGGAGAUGCAAAUGGUUAUGUAAAUAUAUGGGAUGUCGGAGCAAUACAAACAUAUUUGAAUACGAAAACCGGCAGCCUACUACCCGCGCACAAGAUGUCUGUGACAAAACCAGGCGAAAAGAUACUGUCGGUGGCAGCACAAUAUGAUAACAGUGCCCUCAACGUCUAUUGCACAACCGAUGCUGGCCGAUUAAUAGCAUGUGAUCCCAGAAAGUCUGGAAGCCCUGCCAGCACGAUUGAUUCUGCGCACAACUCUGCAAUCACUACAAGUGCUUAUCACCCUACGAAUGCACAACUGCUAUUGUCAGGAUCAAGCGAUGGUACUGUCAAAUGGUGGGACACUCGGAAAAUGGUUAGCUUAUACAACAAGUCACCGAUCCCGAUGGGAACACUGAAGGUUCAUACAGACCGUGUGAACAAAGUUGAAUGGUCGCCGCACCAUCCUUACGUUUUCGCCAGUUGUUCAGACGAUAAAAGCGUUGUUAUCUGUAAUUGUGAGCGUGUUGUUCACGAUUUAAAUAACGACUAUACAUUCCGACACGUUGGGCACAAGGAGAAGGUGACAGAUAUCUCCUGGCAUCCUGCCAAGCAUCAUCAGUACACUAUUGGAUCAGUAUCACCCGGUUCCGCAGAAAACCCCGGGAUGAUUCAAGUAUGGCGUAUAAAUUCAUUAGUAGCCAAAGGGCUGCGAGAGGGAAAGCCAAAACAGUCUAGACCGUUUUUAAUAGACAUGGAGAUCGAUUGA